UAGGAGGUCAAUGUGUAACAGAUAUGUAUUAUAGAUUUCGAAAACGAGCGGCAAUUGUUGAUGGCACUCACGCAGGUUUAGAUGUUUAUCAUUUCGUGGCACGGAUUUAUUAUAAAAAACAAGGAAUGUGUGGAGCAACUGUAAUUACAGAUAGCCAUUUAUUGACAGCUGCUCAUUGUCUGUACGGCAUGGAAAAGAAUCUAAAAGAAAUGUGUUUGCUCAUAAAUGCCUACGAUACUUCACAAAAUGAAGGGGAUCAAGAGGCUCGGAAUAUAUGUAACGUUCGACUGCAUCCCAGAUACGAUUGCAAUAACUACGAUAAUGAUAUCGCAAUCGUUAACUUCGAACCACCUCUUUCUUUGGGCAGCAGAUUAAGAGCAAUAAGUUUACCACCACCAAACUUUUAUUUUACUGAAGGACUUACUGUCAUCGCUUGGGGAUGGGGUGGAAAGACUCCCGAUGACACGGGCGUCGAUACUUUACAGGAAGCAAGGCUCAGUAUUAUUUCUGAAAAUUCUUGCAAAAGGUAUUUUCUUAUCACCUCAGAUAAUAUUUGUGCAAAGAGGAAAGAUGGAAAUGCCUGCCACGGAGAUUCGGGAGGAUCAGUUCUUUUAGAACAUUACAAUUAUUAUAUUGCCUGCGGAGUUAUUUCGCGUGGAUAUAAAUGCGGAGGAUUGAAUACCCCUGAUAUUUAUACUAACGUAGCAAAAUAUGUUACGUGGAUAUAUGAAAAUACAAAAGAUGCUGGUUGCAAACCAAACAUAUUAUUUGACCUUUAAAAUUUAUUUUACGAUUUUUAAUGGUUUCAUUAACUUUUAACUCUUGGUACUUGUGUAAACUAGAUGAUGAUGAUUAUGACUUCUGUAAACCAACUAGAAUUAUGUAUUAAUUAAAUGAAUAAUAAUAAAAUCUAAAAAAGAUGUAUAUUGGUUUGUAACAAAUUAUACUUGAUGU